AUGUUGGUUAAAGUUUUCUCUUUUUUCAUCCUUAUGAUAAUAAUGGUAAUUGGCGUUAGCAAAGAAUAUUGUGAUGACAAACAGUCAUGUCAAAACCUUUUGUUGGAGCUUAAGGCGGGUUCAUCGUCACUCUCGGAGAUUAGACGUCGUGACUUAUUGAUCAUCGUUUUGAAGAAUUCCGUACGGAGGAUCGACAUGGCUAUGAUUGGUGUGAUGGAUGAUACAAAACAACAUGAAGAGAUGGAGAAUGAUAUGCUUGGUGUGAAGGAGGACACAAAUCUAUUUGAGGAGAUGAUGGAGUCGGAGGAGAAUUCCCACACUUGGCUUAGUAGCGUUCUUACUAGCUACAUCACAUGUAUCGACGAAAUUGGUGAAGGUGCCUAUAAACGCCGGGUCGAGCCAAAGCUUGAAAACCUCAUUUCUAGGGCAAGAGUAGUUUUGGCUCUUUUUAUCUCCAUUUCACUGAGAGACAACACCGAACUUAUCUCGGUGAUUCCCAAUGGCCCUUCUUGGUUAUUCCAUGUUGACAAGAAAGAUCUAUAUCUCAAUGCUGAGAUUGCUGAUGUUGUGGUCGCGAAGGAUGGGACCGGAAAGUACAGCACAGUGAAUGCGGCCAUUGCAGCGGCACCUCAACACAGCCAAAAGAGAUUCGUCAUCUAUAUAAAGACAGGCAUUUAUGAUGAAAUCGUCGUCAUUGAGAAUACGAAACCCAAUUUAACUCUUAUAGGUGAUGGUCAAGAUUUAACCAUCAUCACAGGCAAUUUAAGCGCUAGCAAUGUUAGAAGAACGUACAACACCGCAACUGUUGCUUCUAAUGGUAAUGGAUUCAUCGGAGUAGACAUGUGCUUUCGAAACACGGCCGGACCGGCAAAAGGACCAGCUGUUGCCCUCCGUGUGAGUGGUGAUAUGUCCGUCAUUUAUAGAUGUCGUGUCGAGGGAUAUCAGGAUGCCUUGUAUCCUCAUAGUGACCGCCAGUUUUAUAGGGAGUGCUUUAUUACCGGCACUGUAGAUUUUAUAUGUGGAAACGCGGUGGCGGUCUUUCAAUUCUGCCAGAUUGUAGCAAGACAGCCUAAGAUGGGGCAGAGCAAUGUCAUAACCGCUCAAUCACGCGCGACUAAGGACGUCAAAUCGGGCUUCUCAAUUCAAAACUGCAACAUCACAACAAGUUCGGAUCUAGAUACAGCAACCGUAAAAACGUAUCUUGGAAGACCUUGGAGGAGAUUUUCAACAGUCGCGGUUCUGCAAUCUUUCAUCGGUGAUUUAGUUGAUCCCGCAGGCUGGACUCCUUGGAAAGGAGAAACUGGUCUAUCAACUCUCCACUACCGCGAAUAUCAAAAUAGGGGUCCGGGAGCUGUGACUAGCAGAAGGGUGAAGUGGUCAGGAUUUAAAGUUAUGAAAGAUCCUAAAAAGGCUACAGAAUUCACUGUAGCCAAGCUCUUAGAUGGAGAAACUUGGCUGAAAGAAAGUCGAAUUCCAUAUGAAAGUGGAUUGUAA